AUGGCUUUCAUAGGCACAAUAUUUAAAAGGUUUAAGUCAACCACUACGAUGCCAGUAUUAACAGCAGAGAGACUCGUGAGACUAGCGUAUAAGUAUCCAGCAUUACACGAUUCUUGGUAUUUAAUAGCAUGUGCUUGUCUAACGGUGGUUAAUCAACCCCACGAAAUUCCUAAAGUAUAUCACUUUGCGCUUAGACAGCAGCUUUUGGAGUCUACUUCAGGCGAAGAAUGCUUGUUAACUAACAAGUUUUUGAUAAAAUUGGCCCAGGAUUCAAUUUCUUCGUCGGAAAAGUAUCAGGAUCUAUCAGCAGUGGGGGUGAAUCUCCCUGAUAUAUUAAUACCAUAUUCGUACUUCGAUAAAUUGCCAUUACAGUUUAAGUAUUCGAAGGGUGAUGAUAUCCAUGCUGAGCAGAGCACAAUAUCAGCGAAAUUUCGGGAGGUUAUUUUGAAAAGUGCAGCUUUGUCAGGUUUACCUAAGGCUAUCAACGCUUUGAUGUUAUUGAAAGGUGUUACCCCAACGUCGAUGAAAGCGGCCAAUAUCCCGGAGAGGGCACAAAUAGUCAACCCAGGACAUGUACGCUCCUCUUCCAUAGUGCUGGAGGAUAUUGAAGGUACCAGAUUUGAGGAGCCAACGAACCUGAUUACAGAGGAUACUAUCGACGGACCUAUCUCCGCUGAAUCUUUCAAUUUGAAUGAACUCAAAAAAGACCUCGUACGUGGCUCCAAUUUUUGGAAUACAAUAUAUACAAACAAAGUUAAUGUCAGGAUCAAAAGACAAAUGGUAAAUACUUACCCCGAUCUAUGGUAUUUUGCAUAUCAUCAUGUAUACUCUCCAUUGUUGAGCUUCACGGACAUAUUAUCAGCACGAGAGACAUCUAUGUGUAUAGUCGCAAGCUUGAUUCCCCAAGAUGUAAACCCUCAAUUGAAGGGACACUUAAGAGGAGCAGUGAACGUUGGAGUUACUAAAGAAGAAUUAGAACAGUUGAGGUUGUUAGUAUUUGAUAUUUGUGACUGGAGUGGAGGAGUACACUGGAAAUUGGGUAAGGACGGUGUUGCAAAGUUAUGA